AUGGCAACAGCAGCAGCUGACAUCCAAACAACUCCCACUGUAAUGACAGCAACGGCUACAAUGAGGCCCAGGCUCAUCGCAAGGCCCUUCGACGCGGACAAACCCGCGCUAUGGUUCGCGCAGCUGGAGACACAGUUCGCUGACCUGGGAUACGUCACCGAGUCAGAUAAGUACAACAAGACGGUACCGCUGAUCGACACUGCUUACGCCGCAGAAGUCGAACAUUUAAUUGUCUCCAGACCUGUAACAAAUCCAUACCAAACAUUAAAAAACGAACUAAUCAGAUGUUUCACAAAAUCGAGAACUGCGAACAUCAUCCAAUUGCUCGACAGGGAGAGCAUUGGGGAUCGAACUCCGUCGAAGCACCUGAGACAUUUAAAAAGUCUUGUUCCAGGCAUUGACGACGAGGUCCUGAAAACGCGCUGGUUGUCUCAUCUCCCCGAGCAAACGCGAGCUACACUCGCUACCCAGGAGAACGCUUCCAUUGAUGAUCUCGCGAAGCUAGCAGACAGGGUGCAUGAGGUAUUUCACCCAAACAGCGUCGCAGCGAUCAUCACCUCAGCAGGCAACGCGACCAACGCAGCACUCCUCGAGCGAAUCGAACAGCUGACGGCAACUGUCGCAGAGUUACGGUUGAAAGACUCACGCUCGCGCUCACGCACACGUUCAGAGUACUCACGUGGGCAGCGCAACAACUCACGCCGACGCUGCAGCUCCAGGAAAGUAUUAAAGAAAUUUGACACCUGCUGGUAUCAUCACAGUUACGGCGAAAAUGCGCGUAACUGCCAACCUGGUUGCUCAAACGUCUCUGUCACGCCUUGCAGGCGGCCAGCAAAACAGAAGGACACCAGCGGCUAUCAACUCUUCGCAGCCAAUGGAACCCUCAUCAAUACGUAUGGAUAUGCAUCUAUCUCGCCAGAUCUCGGUCUCCGCAGAGAGUUCACAUGGCGUUUCAUCGAGGCAGAUGUCAGUCGACCUAUUAUCGGUGCUGAUUUUCUCCAUCAUUACAACCUGUUACCUGAUUUGAGGAACGAAUGCCUCAUCGACAGCUCAACGGGUCUCAAAUCAACAGGCCGGUUCACAAGAUUCCGCGUUAUGUCUGUCAAGCUCCUCGAGAUCAACGAGAAUUCACCGUACGCGUCGAUCCUCAAAGAGUUCCCAGCAAUAACAAAACCGGGAGGAUUGCUCAGAAAAGCGGAGCACUCCACCGUUCAUCACAUACGGACAACACCAGGACCACCAAUCUCCUGCAGAGCUCGCCGCCUAGCGCCGGAUAAACUCAAAACCGCUCAAGCGGAGUUCUCCAGCAUGCUGACGCUCGGAACCGCGAGGAGAUCUGAAAGUCCCUGGGCAUCCGCGCUCCACCUAGCUCCUAAGGGCAACAACGGAUGGAGGCCAUGCGGUGAUUACCGCACACUCAACGACAGGACAAUACCAGAUAAGUAUCCUGUUCAUUAUCUAGAAGACUUUGCUGCCAACCUUUAUGGCAAAACAAUCUUUUCCACGAUAGAUUUGGUUAAAGCCUUUAACCAAAUUCCAGUGGCACGCGAAGACAUCCAGAAAACGCCAAUAAUCACGCCAUUCGGACGCUUCGAAUUCCCAUACAGGACAUUUGGCCUCAGAAACGCAGCUCAGACAUUCCAACGUCUGAUCGACGAGGUCACACGCGAUCUACCAUUUUUGUUCCCGUACAUAGACGACAUCUUGGUAGCAUCGGAAGACGCGGAGCAACAUCGCGAGCACCUGAGGAUCCUCUUCCAACGACUCCAGGACUACGGGCUGAUAAUCAACGUCGCCAAAUCAGUCCUCGGACAGCCAGAGGUACUUUUCCUCGGACACGUGAUCAAUGCUCAAGGAAUUAAACCCCCGAAGGAUCGAGUCAACGCGAUCCUGGAGUUCACAAGGCCAACAACGGUUAAAUCGCUACGCAGAUACCUCGGAACUCUAAAUUUCUACCGGAAGUUCAUCAAAGGAGCAGCAGAAAUCCUCGCCCCGCUGAACGCCGCGACUCAGGGGACGAACGUCAAGGGAAGACAACCAGUAGCCUGGUCUCCAGCCCUUGAAGAAGCAUUCACGCGCAGCAAGCAAGCGCUAGCAGAAGCCACUCUGUUGUCUCAUCCAAAUAUCGAGGCAGAGAGACUGGACUACAUCGCCCAGUUUUCCACGGACAUCAGAUACGUCGCGGGCCCAGACAACGUGGUGGCAGACGCCCUAUCACGAGUAGAGAAAAUCACGACUGCCGUCACACCUCAGCAGCUGGUAGAUGCCCAACGUGACGAUCAAGAACUCCGACAAUUACUUCAGCGACCGGACGUGAACCUGCGACUGGACCGCUUACAACUCCCAGGAAUGGACGAACCACUGUACUGUGAUGUAUCAUCAGGUACAGUUCGCCCAUACGUUCCUGCUCCGCUGAGACAACAGUUCUGCAGCUCACUGCACUCAAUGGCUCAUCCUGGACCCAAAGGCACGCGAAAACUCGUGACACAACGCUACGUGUGGCCUGGCAUAAACAAAGACUGUCCCCAAUGGACCAAACACUGCCUGGAGUGCCAGAAAAACAAGAUAACGCGACACGCGGUCACACCUACAGCUAACAUCGAGACACCAUCACGAUGA